AGGGAGGGAGAAGGGGAGAGGGACACACACGGGAUGCUGAUGACUGAUCCGCACUAAGAGGAUGCUAUCGGCUCGCAGACGCUCUCCUCCUUCGCUCCCAUGAACACGCCGAUGCGCGCAAUGACUAAGGUAGUGUGAGAAACGGGCCGCGCGCGCGCCGCAUGGGAACGCCGACGCACCGAUGCAGAACCCCUCCGCGCUGUUCGGGAUGCUCAGCCACUGUCAGACCCCGACGACCUUCGCCGACUUCCCCGGCCUGUCGCUCUCCGCGUUCGGCGGCAAGGCGGACGUCUGCCCCCCGCGCAGAGCCGGCGGCAGCGGGGGCUUCGGAUCGCUGGUCCGCCGGAGCCCCCACGACGGCCCGACGCACAUGAACUGCGCCGGCCAGAAGGCAGUCGGCGCGCCGGGGGAAAAGGCGCACCUGGCCGCCAUAGCGCCGCGGUCGUGCCUCUCUUUCCCAGCCGCGCAAGCGAAUGCUCCCUACUGCUCGGAGAAGGACUUGGACAACGAGCUGGGUGACGUCGAGGGCACCCUGAUGCGGUGUGGGCAGAGCCUGCCACUGCUGGUGGGGGGUCAUUUGGGGGGGCUUUACACCCAGAGCCUCCACAGACCUGCGUCCGACCUCAUUCCGCAGGACGGCCCUCACCAAGACACCAGAUCCUCCAGUGGCUUCCAGAGGACCCUGCCGGGGGCCUCACCCGGCCCGGGCUGCGGCGCUGCCAGCGGGACUCGCUCCUCACUCCUAUACCCCAUCAAACAGGAGAACUCAAUGGGCUACAAGAUCUCCAACCUGGCGUCCGGGGUCCACAGCACUUCUCUGGCCGGGUUUCAGAACUGCAGGGCGGGCCACGCUUUGGGCACGUCGAGGGACGACGUAGUUGGAGCGGCACAUGUUAGCGGCGGCGCAGGCGGCGCCGUGUCAGGCAACGCGGCGCAGCCGUUUAAUAAUGAAGAUGGCUCCUCCCCGCUGGCUUUGUCCCCGACUGGCUCCCGUCAUUCAGCGCGGCUAGUCAGCGCUAGCAGUCUGAGGAGACGCUGCCUGUCCCUAGCCUCGCCGUCCACCUCCGCUGCGGACGGCGCUGCCACAGCUUCCCCGCUGGUCACCGGCGCUUCCUCCUCCGAGAUCAACAUCACCGCCAUCAUCUGCUCCUCCUCCCAGAUGUCGAUGGUCGCCUGCGUCAACGGCUUCCGCACCAACCUCUCGCCCAACCACGCCAGCAGUGCCGGCUUCUCCUCCUCCUCCUCCUCUUCCUCCUCCUCCUCCUCCUCCUCUUCGACGUCCCCGCUCUCUAACCCCUGCUCGCGGGAAGCCCCCCAGAGGCCCCCGCCUCACGGCAGCCCCCGGCAGGCCGCGCUGCUGGAGAGCUGUCAGCUAUCCUCACCUGCCACCUGCCUGCUGUCCCUUUCCUCCUCGUCAUCGUCCUCCUCUUCGGUGUCAUCGGUGGAGCUCGAGCAGGGCCAGGGGCUGUGCGAGGAGCCGGGCUCUAUGCUGCCGGGGCGUGGGGCCGGGGGAGCUGGCGGGGGAGGUGUGGGAGGAGGGGCAGGAGGCUCCGACGGGCUGGGGCUACUGAUGAGCGGGGCCCUGAUGUCUGGGAUGCUGCAGUCGGGGCUGGAAGUCGGGCCUCUCCUGGACCGCGGCCAAAGGUCAGGGGCCGCCCUCAAACAGGAGCCCAUGGAUGAUUUUUCGCCCAGCGAAGACGAACUCUUUCAGCACCACUACCAUCACCACCACCACCACCACCACCACCUGGGUGGUCGCAGCGGGCACCUUCGGCAGCCUCACCACCCCUCUCGCCCUGCUAUGCCUCCGCCCUAUCACCUUCACCAAUACGGGGGCCCGCAGCACCACCAGAGCCAGCAAGCGGCGCCGACCGCCUCCCUUGGACUCAAACCGUCCCCCGGAGGCCCCCCCGGGACUCACGCGGCCCCAGAGCGGGAAGACGGUGGAGGAGGUGGAGGAGGAGGAGGAGGAGCAGCGGUUGACAAGCAGGUGUGUCGCUGGAUCGACUGCAGCGCUGCGUACGAGCAGCAGGAGGAGCUUGUGAGGCACAUUGAGAAGGUCCACAUCGACCAGCGCAAAGGUGAGGACUUCACCUGCUUCUGGGCCGGCUGCAUCCGUCGCUACAAGCCCUUCAACGCCCGCUACAAACUGCUCAUUCACAUGAGAGUCCACUCGGGGGAGAAGCCCAACAAGUGUAUGUUCGAGGGCUGUAACAAAGCGUUCUCCCGCCUGGAGAACCUGAAGAUCCACCUGAGGAGCCACACGGGAGAGAAGCCGUACCUGUGCCAGCACCCCGGCUGCCAGAAGGCCUUCAGCAACUCCAGCGACCGCGCCAAGCACCAGCGGACUCACCUGGACACGAAGCCGUACGCCUGUCAGAUCCCCGGCUGCACCAAGCGCUACACGGACCCCAGCUCGCUGCGCAAACAUGUCAAGAUCCACUCGGCCAAAGAGCAACAGGUGCGUAGAAAGCUUCGGCCAUGUCCCCACCUGGAGCAGGACGUCCUGAGUGAGUGUCUGUCCAUGCAGCACCUGCAGAGCUCCACCUCCGCGCAGCACCGCUACAACGGAAUGAAAGACGGCCGCUCCUCCGGACUGGGCCAGGACAUCUUCACAGGCCUGUACGCCGGCUCGGGCACCCCCCACCACAGCGCCUCGGUGGAGCUCCUCUCCUCCACCCCCAACCCCACCCCCGUGCCCCCCGGCGACCUGCCCUCCCGACAGCACCGACUGGACCGGGAGCUCGGCAGCCCUCAUCACCUGUCGCCGCUGGCCGCCAUGGACGGCGCAAGAGACGGGGUGUCGGGGGGCCUCAUGUCUCCAGGAAUGAAGGGGACAGGGACGCCGCCGCCUCCUCUGGAGAAACAGCAUGUCCACCCGCACCACAAGCCCUACUAUCACCACCACCACCAGUCUGCUGGCGACGAAUACCAGGGGAGCUUUCAGAGCUGCUUCCAUUUCGGGGACUCGUACAGGAUGGAGCAGCAGCAGCAGCAGCAGCAGCAGGCGGCCGGCGGCGUCCACGUGCCAGGAGACGCCCUCGCCUACGCUUCCCACCAGCACAACGGCUACCACAUGUCCGCCGGCAACACCGGCGCUGCAGGUUUCAAUCUGACCCAGGAGCUUCAGGGCGGCGCGGGCUGCCAGUUCUCCGGCCCGGAGGAGAGCAUUUUCUUCCAGGUGGGCAACUUCGACCGCGGCCUGAGCCACAUGCCCUCCGUGUACACGGAGACAUAAGACUCCCCAGCGGCCCUUCGUCCUCUCCCGAGUAGACCCCCCCCCCCCCCUCUCGUCUCCUCCCUGUGCGAUCUCAUUCCGACACAAUUAGAUGUCGGAUGGACGUAAAACUGGCGAGAUGGAACAGACGUGUACUGCAAUCUGAUUGACUGUUUUAUUUACAAAAGUAGGUUCCCAACAAGCCUCAUGCGGUGUGUGCGAAUGAGGACGUCCCAACGGUCAAAAGAAAGUCAAAGAAAUCACAAGGAAGCCCAUUUUUGUUAGGCUUUUAAAGGUUCCAUAUACUUUAUUUCUUAAACUCAGAACUCAUGUAGGGUUUUUUUAGCAUCAAUAUAUACAUUUCAAACACAAAACUCGUGAAUGGAAAUUAAAUGUCUUCCUUCUCGUUUUGACUUUACAUGUUUCAAUCUAUUUUAGACUGAAGUGUUGAAAAGGAUAUAUCAUUUUGCAGUGUUUUGGCAGUGGAAUGUUAAUUUCCAUAUUUUGUUCUAUUAAGGGGAUGGAUCCUUUGAGGAAAGUGUGAACUCUUUAAUUCUGCAGUAAUGCAGAAAAAAACCUACUUUGUUAUGUAUAAAAUGUACAGUUUGUUUACAGCAAUCAUUUGAAUAUUUGUCAUUUCUCAAUUUAAGAAAUAAAUAAUUGAAUGAU